CUCGUGCGCCCAGACGAUCCAGAGCGGCGGACGGGUGCGGUCUGGAAACCUGCAUUGUCAUACUUCGAUCGCCACGGACGCCAAGGCAUAUCUGUAGUUGGUUUCUUCAAUAAUACUUUAAUACAAAAAAAAUCGUUCGACCGGUAAUACCACAAAUCUACAAGCAUAAUGGAAGACUUCAAUGGAUUGGAGAAGCGGUUCGUGGCUCAACACAAAUUGCAGCUCGAAAACUCGGGUGUGCCAAAGCAUUUGUGGCCAACUGUAUUCAAGAAGCUGCAGGGACAGGUGUAUGAUGCUGGCGAAAAUUUCCAGCUCUGCCAGCUCACGUAUUCGGAUGAAGAGCACGAAGAAGGUGACCCUCUGUGGCAAGUCAUUGUCAUCAAGCAGGACGGCAUGAAAGCUAGUGAUCCUGACAGGUUGGUUGUUGUUGCUCAGUGUAUGAUGCACUAAAAGAGGAGAGUAAAG